AUGUAUUGCGCUCUAAUUCUCAGGGUAUUUAGCUUUUCUAAGGCGAAAUCACUUGGUAAAGGUUCUGUGCAAGGAUCUCCCGAAUUUUUCCUGCAAAAAAGUUCAAUUAACAAACGCAAAAGAGAUGUUGGAAUUAAGACGAGUUGCGUCGUUUCUUUAGUUACAAAAUAUUUUCAUAGUAAUGGAGGGAACUUUGAAACUGAGAAAGCACUAGAAAGUGGUUCUUUUUGCAAAAUAAAAUGGGGUUGGCAAACAAUAUUUUAUGCUCACAUCUGCGUAGGGCCUAAUAUUGUUCGCUGUGUACCUUCUUGGCAGAAAAAGUAUUUGGAGGAGGGCGAUUGA